AUGUGGGCCUGGGGGUUGCUUCUCUCCACCUGUGCGGAAGCGGACUGGCUCUUGAAGGCAGAUGCCAAUAGACGCAGUGGCUACCUCCGAAAGGGAUUUUCAGGGCGGCUACUGGAUGCCGGAUGUUCAUCGAGCUCAGACAAGGAAAACAUCCACAAGGAAAUUUUUGAAAGCGGCAAGCUGCAUGAGGUGGAAGCAGCUGUGAGGGUGUUGUUGCGCAUGAACAUUGUGACAGGGGAGCUCCAGCGCACUGCAGCCAAAACUGGGCAGCUGGGAGAUGUCUCGCGCUACAGUCAUCUAUGGGUUAUUGUUGGCCUCUUCGGCUGGGUCGUGAUACCUCCUCUAUUGUUUCAGCGAGCAGAGCUCCUGAAGCUGGUGAUGCUCGUGGCUAUGCCUUUGCAGGGACUGGUUGUGGCUCAUGACUUCGCCUUUGUUUCUUCCUGGAGAUGGGUGGUGGAGGAGCAGCGCUACCGAAGUGUGCCCCAGAGUGAGCUAGACCGGUUGGACAAGAUCGAGCCGGACGUUGACGAGGCAAAUGCCAUGCUUGUGGAGUCUUUUCUCAAUGUGAAGCGCUCCUUAGGAGCAGAGGCACCGUCUGAAUCACAGCGGGAGCCUUCCCGGUCUAGUGCCUCUCGUCCUGCUCCGUUGGGCAGCGACGCUG